UGCAACAAAUAACUAAGCAAUGGAAAAUUGUUUAUCUUUUCUUUUUUUCUUCACACUCAUACUUCUGUUUUCGCAAAAAUCCAUUGCAGAUGAUAGAAUAAAACAACACCAAUCCAUUAACGACACCCAACUAAUUGUUUCAGCCGCCCAAAUUUUUGAAUUGGGAUUCUUCAAUGAACCGAAAGCCUCCAAUUUAAGGUAUUUAGGAAUAUGGUACAAGGGCAUUCCCGAUGUUGUCGUUUGGGUCGCAAACAGAGACAACCCAAUUCUAAACUCCUCUGCUACUUUGACUUUCAAUGGAGAUGGAAACUUGGUUCUCAUCAAUCAAUCAGGUUUCCAUUUUUGGUCUUCAAACUCAACACGCUCUAUUCAAAAUCCCAUCGCUCAACUUCUGGAUACUGGAAAUUUGGUGUUGAGAGAUUCAAAUUCCGGGUCAGAAAAUUACGAGUGGCAGAGCUUUGAUUAUCCCUCUGAUACUCUGUUACCGGGAAUGAAAGUCGGGUGGGACUCUAAAACAGGACUUAACCGAAAAUUAACAUCUUGGAGAAGUCCAAAUAAUCCAUCCUCAGGAGAAUUCAGUUUUAGCAUCAACACAGAUGGGCUUCCUCAAUUCUUGGUUAGUAAAAGAAACAAGACGUUGUACAGAGGUUGGCCUUGGUAUGAUCAUGAUUUUGGACAGGGUUACGGUAAUGGGUUUGAUUACAAUCUCGUCUUUAAUACUUCCAUGGAGAUAUCAUUUUCAUAUAACUAUUCAGCGACCAGUCGUACAAGAAUUGUGAUGGAUUCAAGCGGGUCGAUCAAUCGGUACGUGUGGAGCGAUGUAGGAGAAGAAUGGCGCAAUGAAUUCACGUUUAAUGGAGCUGGUUGUAACGACUAUGACUUGUGUGGAGAUUUUGGUAUCUGUGACGCUGUAGUAACAUCAACUUGCGGUUGUUUAGAUGGGUUUAAACCAAUCUCAACCCAAAAUUUCUCAAAUGGGUGCGUUAGAAAGGAUCAAAAUAUUUGCAAAGUUGGAGAUGGGUUUAAAAGGAUAAGUAAUGUGAAAUGGCCUGAUUCAACGGGGGAGUUAGUGAAGAUGAAACUGGGUGUUCAAGACUGUCGGGGAGAAUGCUUGAAGAAUUGUUCUUGUUUAGCAUAUGGAACAGUGGGAAUUCCUAAAAUUGGGAGUGUCUGUGUCAAUUGGUUUCACAAAUUGAUUGAUGUUCGAUAUGUUCCUGAUGUUGGGUCUGGAGACGAUCUCUUCAUCAGAGUUGCGGCUUCAGAACUAAAAUCGGCCCAAUCGGAUGAUGGAAAGCGUAAUGUCGCUGAAUCGGAUGAUGAAAAGCGUAAUGUCGCUGUGGUUGUGGCUGUGCCGAUCGUUUCCGUGAUAAUCUUUUUGGCUUUAGUCGUUGGGGGCUGCUUUCUUAUUAGGAGAAGAGCCAACGGGAAUGAUGAAGUUGUUAUAGCAGUCGUGGAGCCUCCAAUUCAAGAAAAUAAACUUGAGAUGCCUAUUGGUGUUGUUGAAGCUGCUACGGAAAAUUUUUCAUUUUCUAACAAGAUAGGAGAGGGUGGUUUUGGACCUGUUUAUAAGGGAAAGCUUCCAAGCGGGCAAGAAAUAGCAGUAAAAAAACUAGCAGAAAGAUCAGGUCAAGGGUUGCAAGAAUUCAAAAAUGAAGUAAUUUUUAUUUCUCAACUUCAACAUCGAAAUCUUGUGAAGCUUCUUGGUUAUUGCAUCCACCAGGAAGAAAUAUUACUGAUCUAUGAGUACUUGCCAAACAAAAGUUUGGACUGCUUCCUUUUUGAUGAUCAAAGGCGUUCUAUACUUAAGUGGCCGAAGAGAAUUGAUAUCAUAAUAGGCAUAGCUCGAGGACUUCUAUAUCUUCAUCAAGAUUCGAGACUUAGAAUAAUACACAGAGAUCUUAAAGCAGCUAAUAUUCUGUUGGAUAGUGAAAUGAAACCGAAAAUUUCAGACUUUGGCAUGGCACGCAUAUUUGGUGAAGAUCAAACAGAAACAAAAACAAGAAGGGUUGUUGGAACUUAUGGAUAUAUGCCUCCAGAAUAUGCAAUCGACGGUUUCUUUUCAGUAAAGUCAGAUGUUUUCAGCUUUGGAGUUGUGGUUUUAGAGAUAGUUAGUGGCAGGAAGAACAAAGGUUUUUUUCAUCCAGAGCAUCAACUAAAUCUUCUUGGACAUGCAUGGAAACUUUGGAAAGAAGGAAGGGCAUUGGAGUUCAUCGAUAUAAUGUUGGAGGAUGAAUACGACAAACACGAAGCUUUAAGAUAUAUAAAUAUUGGGUUGCUAUGUGUUCAAAGUCGUCCAGAAGAAAGGCCAACUAUGUCAACUGUGUUUUCUAUGUUAGAGAAUGAAAAAAUGCAACUAAUACUUCCUCAACGACCUGGAUUCUAUGAGGAAAGGUUUAUAGUAUCUGAUAUUCAUUCAUCAUCUAGCGAUCACCAUGCAUCCUCGAUCAAUAAUGUUACCGUAACAUUGCUACAAGGUCGUUAGGUUGUUAUAUUAAGUCUGCUAAGUGACCAUAUUACUAGCCAACAAAAACUUAGCUUAACUAAUACCAAUGAAAAUUGAAGACCAAAAGGUCUACGAUUCAAAUAAUCU